AUUGUAAGAGGCUACAACAAAGCUGUGCACCGUGGCCAUUUUCUGUGGAGAGUCGUUCGCGAGCGGUUGUGUUCGUGCGUGGAUUAUUCGCUCGACGUUCAGUUUGUGAUUUGGAUAUUUGGUGUUUUCCCGGAUGUAUGUCGCCGCGCACUCGGACGAUUUGAUAAUCGCUCACGAUCGGACAGGAGGGGAUCAAGAACGGUGCUAGAGUGUUGUAGAAUCGCGAUCGGGAAAAAAACGAGGAAUUUCACGGGAGGGUCUUUGGAGGAAGACGCGAACGAGGACGACGACAAUCCGCCAGAUGCUCUUCGAAUUCUUCUAUGAGCGCUGGCCUUCGAGUCGUGCUCGAUAAGCGUGGUGAAUGGUUUAACGGUGCCUGAGAAAUCCGGUGAAAUUCGGCGUUUUGUGGAUUGCUUUUCGUCACGGAGGAGAGCGAGAGAGAGGACGAGAAUCCGAGAGAGAGACUGAGCGAAAUCGAUAAGUGCUGCGUGCGAAUGCACUGCCGACCUUAUGUCUGGAACCCUGUGGGCUUAGCUCUCCUCUCGAUUUGAAGAUUACUUGUAUUUUGUCAUUGCAAACACAUCGAUAUGGCAUCGACAAAAUCCAAAGAAGUAGCAGAUGAGUAUAUCUCAUCGCUAUCGGAUCUUACAAUCAACAGUAAGCCGCUCAUUAACAUGCUCACUAUGCUAGCGGAAGAUAACAUCGAACAUGCCUCAGCAAUAGUGCAAGCCGUCGAAACUCAUCUACAAAAGGUGAGGAGUGAUAUCAAGUUACCGGUACUCUAUCUCAUCGACUCAAUUGUCAAGAACGUCAACGGAGACUAUUUGAAUCUCUUUACGCAAAAUAUCGUGAACACUUUCUGCGGAGUAUUCGAAAAGGUCGAUGAGAACACCAGAGCGAGCAUGUGGAAGUUGCGGCAAACGUGGAACGACGUAUUUCCACCGAAGAAAUUAUUCUCGUUGGACGUGCGGGUACAGAGUAUCGAUCCCGCGUGGCCGAUCAUACAUGCCGCUCCUACCAGUAUUUCCUCAGGAUCUAUACACGUUAAUCCUCGAUUUCUCUCAAUACCUCAGCAAACUGCGACGUCAAUCGUGCAGCCUGUCAAACUACCUCCAGGCGAACCUGUGACGACGACGGAGGCGGUAAUGCGGGAGCAGUUGCUGAAGAAGCAACGGGAAUUGAUAGAGUUACAAAAGAAGAAGAUCGAGCUGGAACUGUUACAAGCGAAAGCGAGUCUAGAGCAGCAACAGAGGCAGCUCGACAAGCAAGCCGGAAGCUUUAAGACGGAAAUGGUCGUGCCCACGACACAUGCCUCGUCGACGGAUACAACGGAGCAAGGGAAACCCAUAGCGCCUGUGAUACCAAAUCAAACAUCGAAACAAGUAAUGAAACAGUUCCCAGCAGCCGCUGCUUCCCUUUUGAAGAACGCAGGAGCGAAUGGUGGUCCAAGGAUCGCACCGGCUAGUAGUAUAGCAGUAGCGUCGGCUAAGCCAGUAUCGCGAGAUCCACGUUUGAAACCCACUCCUGCUGUUCAGGAUGUGGCAGUGCCAACCGUAGAUCCACGACAACGACCGGGUACGCCGAAAGAGUCGCGGGGUGAAAGUCAAACUCAGGCAAUUGCCAAUAUAAUUGUAAAUUCAAACCAAUUAAAACAGCAGUUACUUUCGAAACCGACUGCAACUAUCAACAAGCCUCCGGCAAGCCCUGCCGGUUCCGAUAAUCCGACGUUAUUAAGCGUUAUGAAUAACAACCAUACUGAUACAAAUCUUAACAACGUUAAUAAUAAAAAUAUCAGUGCUAAUAUAAAUAAAGAUGCUGUCUCGCAUCGAACAAGUCAAAAGAAAGACCCUCGAUUGUCUAAUACUAGUAGUGGUAACCUAAACAGUAACAACAGCAGCUCCAACAAAAGUUUAUCGCUUGGUAGUAAUAGCUCGUCUUCAGUAUUGUUAGCGAGCAACAGAGGAAGUGGAGGCGGCGAUUCCAAAUCGAAGGAGUCGAAAAGUUCGAGCUCGCGCAGCUCCUCCUCGUCCUCUGCGGAAAAGUCUUCCGCUUCCUCGAAGUCCUCGCAUAGGAAACUAGGCAGUAAGUCGCGAUCUAAGCCGCCCCUGACAUGCCCGAAUAAGAUACUGAAAGUCGACAGAGAUUCGAGUCCGGUUAGGUCGAAAUCGCGGGAGAAAGACAGCGGGGACAGUUCACCAUCCUCACGCACUCCUCCGCAAUCCUCCUUCCAAGCCUCUUCUAAAAGCCGCAAGAAGAACACCAAAUCGAGAAAGCGUAGUCCAAGUCCCCCGUAUAGGAUUCCACGACGUAACGAUUCAAAGUCGAGUUCAAGCUUGAGCAGCUCUGGCGGCGUCACCGAGGAGGAGCAAUCUGGUUCGUUGAUAGUGUCUCCUCCUCACCCGCCCGCAUUUAAAGAGAUUCGGCCGAACGCGAGACAGAGGAAUUACGUAAGACGGAACAAAGACGACAGUCUUAGUCCUCAACAUUCUCCAGCCAGUGCUGGAAAUGCUCAAAGCGCUGCCGAGCCAACAUUGGAAUCCUCUAGCAAAGACGAAGAUCUCAGGGCGCCGUUAUCUCUACCCAACACCGCUGUUUCCCUGUCCGAAAAGAAAGAGGAUUUAGAUCUACGAGUAUUACCAUCGGUUAACACCAACAAGAGGCGUAGCGAGGAGCAUACAGACACGACUUCCGUUAAGAAGACUAAAGCUGAAAAGUUCGAUGCACUAUUUGGUAAUGAGGACGUGGACCUGCGCACUCUGACGCAUCCUAAAGCUGGCCGACCGCCGACACCUCCACCGCCCGUGAUCUCGGGGGAGGAUGGCAAGGAUAGCUGGGCGAAGUUGAAGUCGCCGUCAAAGAACGAAAGAGAUAAGCAAGUUAACAACGCGGACGAUAAGCGCGAUAGGGAUCGUAACAGGGAUCGACUGGGUCGUCUCAGGCUGUACAAUAAGCUGCCGGACGAUCCGAAGGAGAGGCGAAGAACGUUGUCGAACGAGGAACAAGACAUCAGGCCAGGACGCAGGGGCAGGGAGAACGACAAGCCCGAGAGGAACGAUGAUCGAAACAUCGAGAUCAUAAUGAAGCAGGCCGCGGAGCAACUGAACCAGGGCACGAUCACGAAAACACAGUACAACACCCUGAUACAGGAGGUGCUGCACAUGAGCGAGGACCGCAAGUUGCGGGCGGCGCAGCGCAAGGAGAAGGAAGCCGGUACGGUAAUCUGGGAGAAAGGCAUCAACAUGGACAUGCCUGGCGACCGUGCCGCGACAUUUAAUCCGUCCAACGAUAAGGAAAUGAUGAGGGGAGGCAAGGAGCAUCCGAUGCCGCGCAAUCCGAACGGGCCGCGAUGGCAGAAUCAACAGCCGUGGCAACAGCCGUGGGCGCAUCCGCCGGGCCCACCGUACAGCGGACCGCAGGGGCACUUCAACUCGGACAUGCGACACGUCGGGCCCUGGCAGAAUCCGAGGCACUUCGGGCCGAUGCGACCCGACUAUCAGUACCACGGCGGCUUCAAUCAUAACAUGGGCCACAACCCGCGGCUGGGACCAAGCAUGAUGGGCCCGAUGGGACCGAACGGCCCGAUCAUGCCGAAUCUAUUGUCAAACGGUCCGAUGGGUCCGAUGGGCCCGAUGCCUAGUCCCGCGAUGGGGAUGGGUUGUCAUCCCGCGAUGAUGAUGAACAAUGGGCCGAUGACGGGUCUCAUGGCGAAUUCGAAUAUACCGUCCCUGGCGUCCGGCAGAAACGCGUCACCGAACACGUCCGCCAAGUACGACCUCGAGGACAACGAUCAGAGUUACGGCAGAGAUGCGACGACGAAAAGUCUGAGCGCGCACAAUCGCGAGCUACCGCCGCCCGAUUCGAAAUUGUUGGCCGAGAUCGCGAGGGACACCAUGAAGUCUAUAAAUAUCGACAACGUACCGCGGGAGAUACGAUACUACGGGCAGACCGGCGUGGUGUUCAUGAACUGGGACGACCCGCGGGAAAUUGGCUUCCAGGACGGCAUCAGGAGAAUACUGAUCGACGACAAGGAUACCAUAACGUGUGCGUUUAACGACCAAUACAAAGAAUUUAUGUAUGAGGGAGAAGUGCACAGGAUCAAGCUCGGCGCGCCUACUCGAGAAUUGUACGUCGAUGAUCGUUGGUACGAGUGUUAUUUCGGCGGCAUGCCAAUAACGAUCGAUCUCAGUGGGAAAAAAAUCAGCGUUAAGCUGGAGGGGCCACCGCCGCAAGUUAAGAUUGGUACCGUAAAGAGAACGGAUCUCGUGGUGGCUAAGAUCAAUCUUAUUAUCAACGCGCGAAAUAUGGUACCGGUGUUCUUAGAUGCGAAACCGCAGAUAUUCGAAAUUGAAGGGAAACCGCAUACGCUAGAAUUUAUAGACGCGCUGCAAACGGUCCUGUUAAACGGGCGACCCUUUAAAGUCGAAUUUGGGGGACUGCCCAAACCGAUUAUCGUCAGAGAUAAAAAACAUUUUAUUAGGUUCUCCGUCUUGCCGAGAGGCGUACGUGCCGGUUACGUGAAGAUCGCUGGGAUGAAAGGUGAAGGCCCUAUCGGAUCCCCGCCACCAGUGACGCCUCUGCUGCCGCAAAAACCGAAGGUCGAUGCUCCUCCCGUACCAAGCCAGUUACCUGUCGUCGAGCAUGAAUCCACUUCGCAAGACGGCUCGGAUCUUGCCUCGACUUCCAAGUCAGAUUUGCAAUUGGACAUGCUGUCAUCAGUCUUGCCGUCGGCAAUGGCACCAGCAUCCGGCUUGUCGUAUCAAGCCGAGCCUGCGGAGAAUCCGCCCGCGCCACCGGCGCCACCUUUGCCGCUAAACAUGAACGAAUUGUUCCAAAGGUUGGUCGAAACCGGUAUCGUACCCAGUCCCAUAGAGCAAAAGAAACAGGAGGAAGAGGAAAAGAAAAAGACGGAGAUCACACCGGUCUCCUUCGACAAGCCGGAGACUCUCAAAGUUAAACAACCAGCUAUCGUCACGGUAUUGUACAGCGGUAUGCAGUGCAGCUCGUGCGGCGCCCGCUUUGCACCGGAGCUGGCCACUCGAUACAGCCACCAUUUGGACUGGCACUUCAGACAGAACAGACGCGAGAGAGACUCCGCGAGAAAGGCGCAUUCCCGGCCGUGGUACUACGAUGUCAGUGACUGGAUACAGUUCGAGGAGAUCGAAGAUCUAGAGGACAGGGUGCAAAGCUGGUUCGAGACGGAGAAGCAAGCCGAGACUGACGGCAUGGCUACUGAUGACUCGCCGCAAGAAACGUUGCAGCCCAGUGUGCCGACUGGCAGCGACGAGGACUCGCGGUGUCAGGUGUGCCACGACGCCUUCGAGCAAUUUUAUAACGAGGAGAAGGAGGAGUGGCAAUUGAAGCCAGCCGUCAAUUACGAGAAUAAGAAUUAUCAUCCGCUCUGUCUGGAGGAUCACAAGGAAAAAAGUCUAGUGAGGGCAUUAGAAAAGUCAGCCUUGGCACUAGACGAAGCGGUCUCGGAGCUCGACGAAAAUAAGGUCGAAUGUUCCGAAGAAGCGACCGCAGACGAGAUUAAGCGGGAAGAGUCGGACGCGGAAACGUCGAGUAAGGAACCCGAGUCUGCGGAACACUCGGAACAAGCGGCGGAAGGGAGUCUCGCGGAAACCGCUGCGUCCGAGAACAAGGAGGAAACCGAGAACGUAGAAAGUUCCGAGAUUGCGCAAAGUGAGACUGCGGAGCAAGGGGAGGCAGCGGUAGAGGACGCGAAGGAAGAGUCUGCGGUUGCGGAGAGUGCCGAGAAGGACGUGUCGGCGAGCGAAGGGGAGAAAGCUUUGGGUGAAGAGAUGGCGACCAUGUCCUUCGAUAAUAUCAAGAUCAAGGAGGAACCGAUGGACGACGAUGCUGAUGAGCAGCCCGAAGGUGAAGCGUUCGAUUUUGCCAACGUGGAGGUCAAAGUGGAGCCUAUGGACGCUGAACCAGAACCCGAAGAGAGCGUUGUGAGCGAGCCGGCGACGGUCGACACGACGUACGCCGCAGUGAAGAGUUCCAUCGACGGAAACGUGGAGCUCGAUUCGACGCCGGCCGCCAUCCCCGCGGCUCCGUCGCGAAUCAAGAUCAACAUCACGAAGCCUCUCAACAUCAACAAAGAGCCGGAGGAGAGUAAGGAGAAGGAGAAGGAGAAGGCAGCGGCGGAGAUGCCCGCAGAGGAGAACGCGGAGAAACCGUUGGUGGCAGCUUCUAUUAAACCGAGUCUGAAAGGUAGAAAGCUGUCGAAUCUGCCACCGGUGCAAAAGGGGCAGGAGUUGUCGGGACUUUGCUCCAUCAUGUAAAUACUACGUGUACAAAAUUUUCGGUGGACUCCUUGCCCGCGUUGUAUAAAAUUUUUCGAAUCUAGUACCGAUAUCGAAAUUUAUACUUGUACAUCGUACUUUUGUACAACUUGUACGACAUGAUGCGCAUCCCUGCGGAAUACCGUUCACCAGCUCUUCGCUUCCCGCGCGCGCGCAGCUGUUCUUUUUCUAUUUCCUUUCUCUAAGUUUUUUUUUACUUCUUUAAAUUUAAUUGGCAGCCUAAUUCUCGAUUAAAAAAUUAAUAUACAUUUCAGUGGACGAAUGCAAAUAUAAAUCUCGAAUUAUAAGACCAAGACCCGCGGUUUCUAGUUCCCUUCGUACUCCGCGGUGACCGUCACGUCGUACAAGUUAGAAAUGGAUGUAAAUUGCGCGCAAGUAUGAAUGUAUAUUCUAAAUAUUAGUCAACAGUCAGCGAGCUGUGCGAAUGAAGAGAGCGAGAGAGAGAGAGAGAGAGAGUAGAACUGUACAUAUUCUAUGUAAUUUAAAAAAAAGAUGUGCAGUAGCAUUCCGCGUGUGAGAGGUGGGAGUAGCUAGUAUGCCGAGUACUCGUAUUUUAUGAUAGGAGAUUGUCACUUGUAUAAUACUGAUUUACUCAUUGAAACCCUCUCGAGUACCUUGUACUUGGGACAGUUCGAUGACAGCGUAUCGACUCACCCGAAAUUUUAAGUACUAUUUGUACUCGUAAUACGACGAACUCCCGGAAACGAAUGAAAAUUGCCCUGAUAAAAUGAUUCGAGUGUGUAAAAGCCAAGUAAUUACCUGGAAUUCGUUUUUGAAGUGUACAAAUUAUGUGAUAUAUGGGUCGUCUACUUGUAACAUACAUGCAAAUUGUCUCGAUGGAAAAACAAUGACGACGAUUAUACCGAGUAAGGAAUUGUUAUUAGUUUAAUAGUGCUACUAUUAAUGCCGCUAUUGGAUAAAGCGUUAUAUUUUGUCGUAUAAAAGAUUUCUUUAUUACAGGUUUGAUUUCAUUUUUAAUUGACCUUUCUACGCGACGUCCCCUUACGAUAACUGUAGCUCUAAGACUCUAGCGUUUUACGGACUCGAGUCCGUAAGUAAAAGAACAAUAAAGACAUUAA